AUGACUUCCACUGAAUCAAUCGCUCGAGUCACCUCUCUAACCGUACAGGAUGUAUUCGUCAGCUCCGAUGAUAACAAACUUCGUGCAGAAGUCGAAAUCGCCAACAAUUCGGAACUAGCUCAUUCAGCGCAAGUGGUUUUUCGCGGUUACGUAAGAAAGGCGGAAAGAUUGCAGUACGAGUUCCUGCACGAACAAGUAUGGAUACUCGUACAACCACAUGAAGCAAAAUCACAUGAAGUAGCCGUUGACGUAUGGCUCCCACGCUUCCCCCCCUCGAUGAAAAUCUGUGACGAUCUAGAAGUGGAAUAUUCUGUGAGAGCUACUGUAGAUCCAUGGUUUAUGAAUCAUCACGCUGAAAAGGUUUUUCGCGUUCACAGGACCUUAGUCCUGAAAAUGCCGCACCUAUCCUGCUACCAAAGGCAUGUAAAAAUUAACAAAUGCGUUACACAUGGACAUUGGCAUCAUAGAAAAUGCAAGUCUAUAAAUGGUGACAUCUGGAUUGAUAAGGGAGCCUACUCGCAUGGAGAAAAAAUAAAGCUGAAAUGGCAACUUCAACUCGACUUUGACUCGAAGUUGGAGAAGGUGAAGCUGACGCUAGUCCAACACAUUGCACAUAGUAAUUUUUCUCAACAAUUUGAACAAAGUUUGCCUAGAAUCCCUGGCCCAGAUCACCCCUCCUUCAUGAACAACAGCAGUAGAGUUGUUGCUACUCAAGAAAUUGUGGAGAAGAAAGACGAACACUCGCGAGGUGAGCUGCUUAUUCCGGAGCAUCUCCCAAUCACCAUGGCGAUGACACUUUGGAAUGUGUUAACGGUGCGAUAUGAACUCCUCUUCGAAGUCAAGAUGGAGGAGCAUCGAAACUCCGUAGAUUUCACUAUUCCUAUCAUAAUAGCUAGUGAACCAGUGCAGCCCAGUAAAUCCUCAAUAGAAAUCGACAACCUUGAAGUUAGAGCUGAAAACGAAGCAAAACUCUCCAACACCUACGCAACUGUUAAAUUCACAGUCAACAGCAUCCAACCGAAAGAGCUUCAUUCGCUGCGGCUGUUGCUUCAAGGUGAAGUACGUGCUGGAUCAGAUUGGUAUACUUUUUUACGCUUCAAAGCACACGUUUCUUCCGAUUCCACAUCGCUUCUGAGCCCUGGCCAACAUGCAGUUAAGAUAUCCCUACCAUUCAAGGACUCACAAUACGACACGAACAUUUUGCCACCAAGCAUGAAUGACGAUAUCCGCUAUAUGCCCUACUCAGAAAUCGUUGGCGCUUACGGGAUUACUAUGCAGCAGCGCACAUUCCAGAGAGGAAAACAUGUAUUUGUGACUGUCAUUGGAGAUGUUCGAGGAGUACAUUUGAGCCUUGAGCAGCAGAGACGAAUACGUAUAGCUGGACUCAAAUCCGAUGAAAGCUAUUGCACGGAACGAGUGGUUGCUAGUGCUGAUAGCCCAAUGGACAAGGAUAUUUGGCCAGAGCAAUGGUCACUGCGUAUUCCAAAUGAUAUCCCUCCUAGUAUAGAGAUCACCUACUGGAACGUGCUCGCUCUAAACUAUGCAUUAAAGGUUAUUCUUACAUCAGAGGAUGGGCAUGAACAUAAACACAAUGUUCCGAUAUGGAUAGGAUGCACUAAUGACAAUCUUCCACCACCACAACCUCUUCGCUUGAUCCCAAAAGUAAAUCCUAAAGAUGAGGCAAAUCACCCUGCAGAAUCUGCAAUAACUAAACAGAUUCCAGAAUUUGAGGUAGUGCAGAACGAUGAAAGUCAAGAGAUUCCAUACUGGGUUGACAGAUACAGCGAACACAUGUAUUCUUGA